AUUCCAUUCGCCAUUUCUUCUUUUGGAAACGGCCAAGAUGAUACCACCAGUAGAUCCGGCCACUCUCUCACGAAAUCCGAAUUUUGAAAACUUGUAUAAAGAUCUACGGACCCGAAAAUUGAACCCAGAUGGUUCCACUCGGGAUACGAAGAAACAGAGAUUGCAUGAUGAUAUACGGAGGAACCUCACAACCGCCCGCACCACCCUCUUCCAAUCCCAGCUCCUCAUCUCGACCCUGUCGGACCUCCCAUCCAAAUCCUCCUCCAUCUCACCCGAACUUCACGAAGUUAUCGAACUCGUCACCGCCCAAUUAAGUAAUCAAAUCCCCGCCUCUGACCGUGAGGUCCUCUCAGGUGACAUUUCCUUCUUCCUCACCAACAUCUCCGUAAUCGCCACCGCCGUGUCACAGCAACUAGCUACCGUGGUAUCACAUCUGUGUAAGAUCGCCGAUCCACUGAGACCGCCCUCACCGUCGGGUCUACCGGCCAAAGCGCAAGGUAUUGUACAGUCCGCUACUCAAGAGCUGCCUGCCGAACUGGGGUCUUCGCGUGUGGAACUCGCGAAUAUCGCUUUUCAAGUUCUGGACAUGCAUCGACAGAUUCUAGAAACGAGUAUUCAGAUCUUAGAACAGACCAUGCAUGGGUCGCUGGCGAGGAGUGCGAAGGCGAGGGCGGAGUUGUUGCAUUCACGGGCGAGUAUGCUUGGUUUACAGGCUAGGCAUGUUACCCUCUCUCUCAUUAAAGUCAUUCACACUCUAACCCACCCGGCUCCCCCUGAAUUCCUCACCGCUCUACGUAAUUUCAAGAACCACCAGAAGGUUUCGGAGAAAGAACUCCAGGACCGUGAGGGCUUGGCGAAGAAAGCGUUGGAGCUGUACGAGAAGGCUGGCGAGAAGGGGAUGAGGGAUGCGGCAAGGCGAGCGGAGUACCUGAGGGCUGAGAUUGAGAGGACCAAAGCGGAGAUAGAGAAAUUGGAGCGUGGGGGAUGAGAGGAGGUGAGUAAACAUAGCAGGG